GGCUGCUGGGGCGGGGAGGUGGGACCGGCGAGAGGGGCGGCCGUGGGGCCCGGCCGGGCUGGGGCGGGGGGCCGCAGCCAUGAUCCGGGCCUUCUCGUUCCCGGUUAGCCCGGAGCGGGGUCGGCUGCGGGGAUGGUUGGAAGGCAGCCUGGCCGGGCUCUGCGAGUUGCAUUGGCUCCGAGAGAGGCAGGAGUACCGCGUGCAGCAGGCGCUGCGGCUGGCCCAGCCCGGGAUGGGGGGCGCCGAGGCCGAGGACGAGGAGGACGCCGAGGAGGACGAGGAUGCGGCAGCGGCGCGCAGGGCCGCGGCAGCCCUGGAGGAGCAGCUGGAAGCCCUGCCUGGGCUCGUCUGGGACCUGAGCCAGCAGCUGGGAGACCUGAGUCUAGAGUCUGGCGGCCUGGACCAGGAGAGUGGGCGCAGCUCAGGCUUCUAUGAAGACCCCAGUUCUACCGGAGGCCCAGAUUCACCACCAUCCACCUUCUGCGGGGAUAGUAGCUUCUCCGGAUCUGGCUCCUAUGGACGCCUGGGCCCCUCGGACCCUCGGGGCCUCUAUGCCAGUGAGAGACCCAAGUCCCUAGGCGACGCCAGUCCCAGCGCUCCGGAGUCAGUGGGCGCCCGGGCUGCGGUGCCUCGAUCCUUCUCAGCUCCCUACCCGUCGGGGGCAGCCGGAGCCGAGGCCUGCUCCUCCGCAGAGCGGCGUGCGCGCGCGGGGCCCUUCCUGACGCCCAGCCCGCUGCACGCGGUGGCUCUGCGCAGCCCACGGCCAAGCGGACGUGUACCGUGCGGCUCCCCCGACGGGGCGGCUAGCCGACCCCUGGAUGGCUACAUCUCGGCGCUCCUGCGCAGGCGUCGCCGCCGGGGGGCGGGUCAACCGCGCACGAGUCCCGGGGGUGCGGACGGGGGCGCGCGACGCCAAAACGGCGCGCGCCCGCGGCCGCCCGAAGCGUCCCCGCCCCCCGGCGGCGCGCGACCCGCGCGGGAGCCGUCGACGGAGCGCGCCUGGGCGUGGGAGGCGGAGGUUCCGCCCGAACCCGCGCCUCCGGCCGCCCCGUCACCGCCCUCCAGCCCGGCGGAGGGACGCCUGGUGAAGGCACAGUACAUACCCGGCGCGCCCGCGGCCUCCAGGGGCCUCCCGGGCCGCGCCGCGCGCCGCCGGGCUCCGCCGCUCACGCGAGGGCGCAGCGUGGAGCAGUCCCCGCCCAGGGAGCGGCCGCGCGCCGCGGGCCGUCGGGGCCGCCUGGCAGAGCCGUCUGGGCGUCGGGGAUCGCCGAGGGCGCGCAAGGCGGCGCGCUCGCAGUCCGAGACCAGCCUGCUGGGCCGCGCGCACGCCGCUCCGCCUCCCAAGUACCCCACGGCCGAGCGAGACGAGCCCCGACCACCGCGGCCCCGGCGCGGCCCCGCGCCCACGCCCACCGUCCAGGCCUGCCGUCGGUGGCGCUCCACGGCCGAGAUCGACUCGCCCGAAGGCCGACGCGCCCGCGGCCGCGUGCCCGCGCCGCGCGGCCCUGCGCCAUCGCCAUCCGCGCCCCCGCGCCGGCUACUGUACGGUUGCGCGGGCAGCGACUCCGAGUGCUCGGCGGCAGGGCGGCCCGUGCCACUGGGCCGUCGGAUGCCGUCCGGAUGCGCCCCCGGGGGCUACGGCGAGAGCGAGUCGAGUGCCAGCGACGGCGAGUCGCCUGCCUUCAGCUCCGCCUCCAGCGACUCCGACGGCAGCGGAGGCCUCGUGUGGCCGCAGCAGCUGGUGGCAGCCGCCGGGGCCUCGCCGUCGGGGCCGGGGGGUGUGGCGAGUGGAGCGACCCCGGCGGGGCCGGCCAAGGUCUUCGUGAAGAUCAAGGCAUCCCACGCGCUGAAGAAAAAGAUCCUGCGGUUCCGGUCGGGUUCUCUGAAGGUCAUGACGACUGUGUGAGUUGGGGGGGGAUGGGCUUGGGCUCCCACCUCCAUGGCCUCCGCACCCACCCACCCCCUUCUCA